ACUGACCGCUUUCAAACCUUGGGGCGAAUACAUUUAGCCAUUCAUACGUUACAUAUGUACAAAAGCCCAGAUACCCAUUCGAAUUUUUUGGCCCCGAUACCCUCACCGUCGGAUCGACGGUUUAGCAACGUCGACAGCGCAGGAGCAGCCGAGUCGCCUGUCCGCGAGCAGGUCCAGGACUUGGCGUCGAGAUCGGACGUGUGGGAGUGGAAGCACGUCGCGAGGUAGUUGAGCGCUCGAAGCGCACCCAAGAUGCAGGUCGCGAUGCCACCGUACGCGCCGCAACAUGGCGGGAUGCAACAUCCGGGCAUGCCUCACGGACAACCGGGCCAUCCUCAGCAGGGACAUCCGAUGGGACAGCAGAUGCAUAUGCAUCAAGGGGUCUCGGGUCCGAAUGGCCCGCAUGUCACGCAGCCGGGACCGAUGAUGGGAGGUAUGCAGCCUGGUAUGGGCGGUGUAGGACCUGGAGCACCGAGUCAGCAUGCUCUAUCACAUCUCACACCUCAAAACCCGAUGUUUCACCAGCAACAGUUACAGCAAAGUAAGUCGUGUCUCGUAUAUACCAUGGUCCUUGUCCAUAUAUGCCGACGUAUAGUGGUGCUGACUAGACAUAGUGGCCGCAACAAAUCCCCAGAUGGCGGCUCAGAUCCAGCAUCAGCAACAACAACAACAGCAGCAAUUGUUCCAGCGGCAGCAACAGUUGCUCCAGGCCCAAGCAAAUCAGCCAGGGAAUAUGCCGAUGGGAUUCCAGCAGGGGAAUAUGGGUGCGAUGCAACAACAUCUUGCUGCUUCAGGUCCUGGUGGCAUGCCCCAGUUGACGCCAAACCUCCAACAACAGAUGCAGCAACAAAGACUGAUGGCGAUGCGGGAACAAGCGAUGCAAAAUCAACGACAACAGCAACAACAACAACAAAUGGCCCAACAAGUAGCAAUGCAGCAUGCACCCUCGCAGCAAAGCAACCAAGGUCAACCGAUGCCACAACCUCAUCAACAACAACAACAACAGCAGCAGCAGCAGCAGCAAGGCCAGAUGCAACAGGUGCCGGUGAGACCGCAGUCUCAAAUGAGCAGCCAUGGACAAGAGGGCCAACAAGGGCCGCAACCUCCUCCGAAGCCCCCAGGCCAACAUCCACAACCACAACCUGGACCACAGGGUCAACCUGGACCACAGCCGCCAAAUCAACCACAGGGACCGCAGCAGAGCCCGGCUAAUCCCCAGCAACCUCAAAAGCCGAAUAUACAGCAACCGAACGUGCAACCGAACAUGCAACCGAACAUGCAACAACCUCAGAUGCGGCCCGGCAUGCCACAGUUGACACCACAGCAGCAGGCGCUGAUGCAACAACGGCGGCAGGCAGCCUUAAAUAGCCAGAAGAUGAGCAUGAGCAUGAGCGGUGCUCCCAUCCUCAUUCUCAUGCAGUUCGCGGACAACCUGGGACGUUUCAACGUGAGUAUGCCUACACUCGCGGA